CACGCACGACCUGUCGGCUCUGGUGACCGGACGGACCUCGAUCCUCAAACGACCCCAAUCCUUUGGUAUGUCAAAUUAGAUAGAUGAAUACGCGGGCGGCGACGAAUACAGAAUAGCUCUUCUUUGUGCUCUGUCGUGGUCGCUGCCGCCAUGAACACCUUCUGCGGCUCAAAGGCCAGCACGUGGGGCUGGCUCAGUGUCUGACACAGUGCCGUUUCACCAACGCGCGCAAGACACGCUUGCUGUUCUGCGAACAAUGCUUGCCAUAUAGCCUUUCCGAGCUUGAGCUGACAAGCACGCUCUUAGAUCCCACCUUCACCACCGCAUACGCAUCCUCAUCCAGCUUCCUCCUUCGCUUUUCAAUUGUCCACCGUCAAACAAUCACGACCCCGCAAUCACUGAGCACCAGCUCAAUCGACCUAGUCCGCCGCGCAUCAGCGCAUACCCACCACCACCACAACCGCCAACAUGCCACCAGCGGGGAGCGGUAGCUCUAGAAAGAUCUCUUUCAAUGUCUCAGAGCAAUACGAUAUUCAGGAUGUCGUAGGAGAAGGCGCGUAUGGUGUUGUCUGCUCCGCAUUGCACAAGCCGUCCGGCCAGAAGGUCGCCAUCAAGAAGAUUACGCCCUUUGACCACUCCAUGUUCUGUCUGAGAACACUACGAGAGAUGAAGCUACUCCGGUACUUCAACCACGAGAACAUCAUCUCCAUUCUCGACAUCCAGAAGCCUCGGAACUACGAGACCUUCACCGAAGUUUACCUAAUCCAGGAACUCAUGGAGACCGACAUGCACCGCGUCAUUCGUACACAAGAGCUUUCAGACGACCAUUGCCAGUACUUCAUCUACCAGACCCUGCGCGCGCUGAAGGCGAUGCACUCAGCAAACGUCCUCCAUCGCGAUCUUAAGCCCUCCAAUCUGCUCCUCAACGCCAACUGCGAUCUGAAGGUCUGCGAUUUCGGUCUUGCCCGCUCAGCUGCCUCAACCGAGGACAACUCAGGUUUCAUGACGGAAUACGUUGCGACGCGUUGGUACCGUGCGCCCGAGAUUAUGCUUACGUUCAAGGAGUACACAAAGGCCAUUGAUGUAUGGAGUGUAGGAUGCAUUCUGGCUGAGAUGCUUAGCGGAAAGCCUCUGUUCCCAGGAAAGGACUACCACCACCAACUCACGCUGAUUCUCGAUGUGCUCGGUACGCCUACCAUGGAGGAUUACUACGGCAUCAAGUCCCGCCGAGCUCGCGAAUACAUUCGGUCGCUGCCAUUCAAGAAGAAGAUUCCGUGGAAGGCCAUGUUCCCUAAGACCAACGAUCUGGCGCUUGACCUGCUCGAGCGGUUACUCGCUUUCAACCCUGUCAAGCGAAUCACAGUCGAGGAAGCGCUCAAGCACCCAUACCUUGAGCCGUACCAUGACCCAGAUGACGAGCCGACGGCCGACCCUAUCCCAGAGGAGUUCUUCGAUUUUGACAAGAACAAGGACAAUCUGACCAAGGAGCAGCUCAAACUCCUCAUCUACCAGGAGAUUAUGCGGUAAACUUUCACGUUUCCCCCCAAAGUGCGAGAUAUACACAAGAUACCACCAUCGAGUCGAUUUCUGGAACUUGUCCACAGCUAGCUGGUCUGAGCUCACUACCAUAUUCGAGGAAGGUCUACAAUCAUCCUGUAAUUUGGAUUCUCAGCAGAAGAAAUAAUGUUAGCAAUGACAGCAUGGAAGAUAUGGGGAGAUGCGCUUCAAAUCGCGCUCCGUACAGAAAGAAAUCUCCUACACCCACAGUACUUAUGAUAGGAAAAGACAGG